CAUAUGCAGCAUCACCACCAUAAAUACAUUUCCAACAGUUUCUCUCUUGACCUCUCCUUUUACUCUGAUCUUUGCGCUACUUGACUGAUUCAUACGACAGUUAUACAUCUACAAAGCGCGUAAAAGAAAACUUCUCUAAUUUUGAUCCAACCUUGUCCAUACCCGACUUUAUUGGCCAGGCAAACACCUCUUUCUACCACAUCCUACCCCACGCGCCCUGGAAGAUGUAAAGUCUCUCUGCAAACACCCUCAAAAUGCCCGAUUUUUCUCUGGAUGACGAUGACCGAGGUAGGCCCAGUCUCAUUGUUGCGCUUCAAAGCUCUCCGCUAAGCCAAUUGGUUCCCAGGGUCCAAUGCCAGUUCCGACAAUGAGCAGGAUGAGUUGAUGGACGAUGCUGAGGAUGGGGAGCAAGAUGCCGACCAAGAUGGUGACGGAGAUGGCGAAGGGGGGGGUGACGAUGACGAAAAUGAAGAUGAGAAUGGUGACGAUGAUCAAGACGAUGAGGAUGAUUCCCCCGAUCAGCCAUUAUCCCAAGUACGACGGCCGAGUCUCCCUACCACAAACGCGAGCUCAGAUGGUACGCCCACGACCACGACGAAUCAGAUCAACGGCGCAGGCCCAACUUCCCACCCUCGACCCAUUGUUACACGCACUUCUGCGUCUCCGCGACAAGCUUCUGCUCCUGCACAAUCCCCCAAGAUGCGCUAUGAGGUGCGACCAGAAGCCCUCACGGCCUCCAUCUACGACAUUGUCCCCAGCAUGGCUGCCCCGCAGAGUACUUCGAUCAAUGCCAUCACCGCUACGCCAGACAUGAGAUAUUGGUUUACGGGCGGAUCAGAUUGCUAUAUACGAAAAUAUGACGGCCCGGCAACGGUCAAUGGCAAGACGCUGCUGACAGUAGCUCAACGACAUCCUUUUGUGGACAGUGUGGUCAAGGCUGGUGUUUUGAUGAGCUAUUGGGAUAAUGAGGAACCGGUUGCAAAGAAUGCGGGCGAAGAUCCUUCUCUUUCUCCUGUUUACUCUUUAGCGGUACAUUCUCAGGCGCUGUGGAUGCUCUCUGGUCUGGAUUCUGGCGCAAUUAAUCUCUAUUCUGUACGUCACGACGAGGGCAAGAGAAUCACGGCGUUGCAAAAGCACAAGUCUGCGGUGUCAGUACUCACGUUGGCGCAAGAUGAGAAGUCAGUAUUGAGUGGCAGCUGGGAUAAGAAUGUUUUCGAUUGGGAUCUCAAUACCGGACAGGUCAAGCGAUCGUUUGAGGGAAGUGGUGGUCAAAUCUCCGCGAUUGAAGUUCGUCCAGCCUCGAGUCUACCAGUGCCUGAAGAAUCUGGUGAACCUAUCCAGACGAAUGGAACCUUUUCGAGUAAUAAUGGUGAUAAAAUGCAUGGAUUAUCAAAUGGCAAUACGAAUGGUACUAAUGGGGAAGAAGAGAAUCAUGGAUCACCCGCCGACUCGCUAUUUGGUGGUGGAAGCGAUACAUCCUUGUUUGGCGAAACGGACGGUGUUGGCGCACCAUCCGGAGGCAACUUUGGCGACGAGGAUGAUGAGUUUUCACGAGCGAUCGAAAUGAAUCUUGAUAAUCGAGAGCAGGUAGAUGCGAAUGGAGAUGUCACAAUGAGUAAUGCGCCUGCCGAAAGCACCAUUGAAAGCCAAGCCCCAGCUAUUCCACCAAAUGGAGUCAACCCGGAUACUGAGGCCUCACAAGAAAAGUCCGCGUCCACUGCAACAAUUGUGGCCGAAACUCAGGAUGCGGUGGCAACCUCUGACUCUACCUUUCUCGCGGCAUCAAUUGAUGGGACAUUGCGUGUUUGGGAUCGUAGACAAUCAAAUGCAAUUGCCAAAAUUCCCACACGAACUGGUGUGCCUCCAUGGUGUAUGGCAGCUUGUUGGUCACCUGAUGGAAAUUAUAUUUACGCGGGUCGAAGAAAUGGUACGGUUGAAGAAUUCAGUCUACACAAGGGUUUGAAAGAUGCUGAAAGAACAUUCAAAUUUCCGCAAGGCAGUGGAGCAGUCAGUUCUCUGAGGGCAAUGCCAAAUGGGAGACAUUUAAUUUGGUAAGUCCAGAAUUUGAAGAUUUCAGCGCAAAGUAUUAACGGAUCUAGUGCUUCACAUGAUAUUCUUCGUCUGUACGACCUCAAGGAACAAGCAGCAUUCAAACACUCCACCGUCCCAUUUCUUAUUGUCCCUGGUCCUCCAAGGGCGGGCGUCAUUUCGGCGUUACACAUUGAUCCUACUUGUAAAUAUAUGCUGUCGGCAGCUGGAAAUCGUGGAUGGGAGGGAAGCAGCACUGAGGUGUUGAUUGGGUAUGAGAUAGGUAUUCCUGAGUCUUAACGUGAUGUGAGCCUUGGCGAUUAGAGAGUAUCAUUUGUGGGUGGAGUUAUUUGAUGGGGCCUACUGAUUUUUUUCAUCGUUCCUGGGCUUGAUGUUCUGGCGUUGGAAUACCACGGGCUGGAAAUUUUCGCUUGAUAUUUUUGAGAGUUCUAGAUGAUGGUGGUGCUGUGCGAGAAAGUUGAACUGAACCAUAUCUAUCCGUUGUAUUGAGAUGAAAUGGAAGAGAAACUUCAAUCUAGGGGCUCGUCUG